GUAGUCUGCUUUCGUGUUGAACUUUUGUAGCGGUAUCGAACCGACUGUCUGACGCGAUAUCAGCUAAAGCCGCGGAGAUUGUUUCGUCUCUGCUCUGUCACUGUUUUGACAGUUUUUCAGUGAAAGUAAGUUACUGCAGUGUCUCUUGGGCUUAACAGAUUGUUCCCAGUUUACGUUGUUUUUUUGUGCAUUUCCCAACGAAGUUACCGACAUCUGUUUCGGAGAAAAUGAGUGAUACAACUGGUUUGACUAACGCCGAAACGAGGGAGUUAUGCCCGGAACCAGAUCCAGCAACUAAGGAUUUCAUAAUGCAGCAAACGAUGUAUCGGAUUAAAGAUCCAAGACGGUCUCUUCCAUUCUACACCAAAGUGCUCGGGAUGCGCCUCCUUCAGAAAUUGGAUUUUCCUGAAAUGAAAUUUUCUUUGUACUUCAUGGGCUAUGAACCUGCUCAAGAAAUCCCAACUGACCCAGCAGAGCGAAUCCGCUGGACCUUCACCCGCAAAGCAACCAUUGAGCUUACUCACAAUUGGGGUACUGAGACUGAUCCAGAUGCUGUUUAUCACACUGGCAACACAGAACCUAAAGGGUUUGGCCACAUUGGAAUUACUGUCCCAGAUGUUGAUGAAGCUUGUAAACGUUUCGAGCAACUCAAUGUUGAAUUCAUUAAGAAGCCCAAUGAUGGCAAAAUGAAGGGGCUUGCUUUCAUCAAGGACCCUGAUGGAUACUGGAUUGAGAUUCUGGCUGCAAGGAAAAUGGCAGAGUUAAUCUUGUGAGAUUAUGCCAAAAUAAAUUACUUAACUUUGUUCUCUCCUCAUUCCCUUGACAGAAGUUUUAUGUUUUGUGUUAAUCUCUCCAAACUUAUCUGAUGUACUUGAAAGAAUCUGUUGCAGUCACCUUUCACACUAAUGUUUUAUUUGUUGUAGCCUGUACCCAACAUCAUGUGCCAUUAAACUAAAAAAAAAAUGGAGAUAAUCUUUUUUUUUUCUAUUUAAAAGUUUAUCAUUUUGUACUCUCAUUGUAAAUAGGAACUUAAAAAUAUGUGAUAAAUGUGAGACUUUGACAUUUUAUUUUGUUACUAUUUACACCUUUUGUUACUAUUUACUCCAUUAUCAAACAGGGUCAAACCAGUUAUAUCAAGAACUUUUUUUGCUGUCUCAUAGAAUAAACCUAAUGUAUACUCAGA